AUGGAUGUUCGCGGUAAGACGAUUGUCGCCGAGCACGUGUGGCUCGACGGUCGCGUUCAAGAGCACAUCGCGAUCAGCGUCGACGCGAGCGGUGUGAUUCGAGCGAUCGGCGAGAUGCCGAAUGGCGAAGAAGUGAUCAAGACGGCGAAUCUGCUGGUGCCGGGCUUCGUCAACACGCACUCGCACGCGUUCCAUCGGUUUUUGAGGGGCAAAUCGGAAAUCGGCAAAUCGGCGGCCGACACGUUUUGGAAAUGGCGCGACAACAUGUAUGGUCUUGUGGCAGAAGUCGACAAGCACCGAAUUUAUGAGUAUUGCCUGACGACAUUUAAGGAGAUGCUGAAUGCUGGAAUCACCACGGUCGGCGAGUUUCACUACGUCCAUCAUUCCGAUAAUAAGUUCGACUUGGAUGAAUCAGUGAUUCAGGCAGCGAUCGACGCGGGAAUUCGAAUCGUCCUUCUUCAGACAUUAUACGAGCGCGCGGGAUUCGACAACGCCGAGCUUCAUCCGGUCCAGAAUCGAUUCGUCUCAUCCUAUCAAGAGUUUAUCGAGAAUCUCAAGAAGCUUCGCAAGUCGACGACGCAUGAGCGCGUUCGAAUCGGCGUCGCCGCGCAUUCGGCGCGCGCCGUGCCGUUUGAGAACAUCAAGAAGCUGUUCGAUUACGCGACCGCCGAGCAAAUCCCGUUUCACAUUCAUUUGGAGGAGCAGCCGAAAGAGAUUGUCGAUUGCCAGAAGAGUCUCGCGAGCAAGAAGGGUCCCAGCGAUGUGCUUCUUGCCGACAUUGGCAUCAAUGAGUACUUCACCGCGGUGCACGCCACUUAUACACCAGCCGCCAAUAUGGUGCAAUUCGCCAAACUUGGCGGAAACGUGUCGAUUUGCCCGUGCACUGAAGGCUAUUUGGGCGAUGGGAUACCGCGAAUCAACGAGGAAUUGAGCAUCAGCUUCGGAACCGAUUGCAACAAUCGCAUAAGCUUUCUUGAAGAGAUGCGAUGGGCUUGCUAUUCGCAACAAAUGCUUCACAACUCGCGCAGUGUUUGCGGACUUUCGGCCGAGAAGCUGCUCAAUUGUGCUACCAUCAAUGGGGCGAAAAGCCUCAAUAUUGGCGAUCAAGUUGGCACCUUUGAGAUCGGCAAAUAUUUCGACGCUGUCGUUUUUGACAGCUCAACGUCUCCAGCGUUGAGCACGAGCCGUUCGGAGACUCUCAUCGAUUCCCUAGUGUUCUCAUGCGGAAAUCGCGAAAUUUCCAAUGUUUUUGUCGCUGGAGUUGAUCCAAGAACCAAUUGA